CCGGGAGGCACUGGGGUGGGGAGGGGAGAAAGCUCCGCUCCAAAUCCCAAGAGAGGGUCCCUGAAACCAGUCCUCUGCUCCAUCUUCUCGCACUUCCUCCCACUAGGGAAAGGGGAACGUGGAAGGAAAUUAACUUUGACCCCUGGAUGCUGGCUCUGGGCCCACAACUUGGGUGGACGGCAGAGGUUUCCAGGACCCUCCCCGCCCCCUCCUCCCCGCCCCGUCUCCCCUCCCUCCGCCUCCCGCGCCCUUUUAAGCCGCCCAGCAGACGGAGAAAGAGUUUAUCCAGGAGGGGCUGGCGGAGCCGCGGCUGGGGAAGUCUGGGGGCGGAGGGAAGCGCGGCUGGAGCCCGACCGUCCCACCCCUAGCUACAACCCCUGGCUGGAAGAGCUUGUCGCCAGGGACGGAGCUCGGGAGGGAGGGCGCCCGAGCGGUGGCGGGACGGGCGGGGCAGCCAUGCUCCUCUCUGGCGGCGACCCCCCGGCGCAGGAAUGGUUCAUGGUGCAGACGAAAUCGAAGCCUCGGGUGCAGCGGCAGCGGCUGCAAGUGCAGCGCAUCUUCAGGGUCAAGCUGAAUGCCUUCCAGAGCCGCCCCGACACCCCCUACUUCUGGCUGCAGCUCGAGGGGCCCCGGGAGAACAUGGGCAAAGCCAAGGAGUACCUGAAGGGCCUGUGCAGCCCGGAGCUGUGGAAGGAGGUUCGCUACCCGCAGAUUCUGCACUGCGCCUUCCUCGGGGCCCAGGGCCUCUUCCUGGACUGCCUCUGCUGGAGCACCCUGGCCUACCUGGUGCCUGGCCCCCCUGGCUCCCUGAUGGUGGGAGGGCUGACCGAGUCUUUCAUCAUGACCCAGAACUGGCUGGAGGAGCUGGUGGGGCGUCUGCGUUGGGGCCCUGCCCCUCUGGUCACACCCCGGGGAAUCUGGGAGGCUGAGGUGACCCGGGCCUUUGGGGCCCUGGUCUGGAUCCGUGGUGACCAGUAUGCAGGGGACCUGCUGCAGCUGCCCCCAGCGGUCCAGGAGCUGCUGCUGAGCCUGGUUCGAGAUGCUGCGGGCAAGGAGGACAUCAUCGAGUGGCUCAGCCGCUUCGGCAUCUCUGACACCCACUCCGACCCGGAGGCCCUGAUCUGCCCUCCUCAGCAGCAGAAGGAAGGCCCAGCCAUGGUGUCCGUGGGAGAGAGUCCUGCGCCCUUCCUGGAGGUGGGGACCCUCCAGAAUGGAGGCUCAGAAAAGUCAAAGAGAUUAGCCGGCCUGGGAGACACCGCAUCCCUGGUCCCAGCCCAGAGCACACAGCAGGAGGCCACAAGCCAACCGGUAAGGGUCGGUUCCAACAACCAAAAUGGUAUGGACAGUGCUCAAGAGGAUGGGCCAGUGCAAGCCACCAGCAGCCAGGACUCUGCGAACCACACACAAGCCUUUUUGCAGCAAAGGAAGGUCCCGAGGGUAGAAGAUAAGCUCCCCUUCCAGCCUCCAGUGUCAGCCGUGGGUGUGUGCCCACCCGUGAAGGCCUGGACUCCCGGGCAAGCCUUUGGGCCCUUGUGGCCGGGGGCUAUUGCUGCAACCUUUUGCAGGAUCAAUGAACUGCAUUCUCUGCACCUGGCCUGGCUGCUGUCCCAAGCGUACUUUAGUUUCUCCUUCUGGCAGAGAACGCUGAGCCCCAUUCAGUUGAGGCUGCCAGGGCAGAAUCCUUUGCCCUUAAAUCUGGAGUGGAAGCAGAAGGAGCUGACUCCACUGCCCAGUGUGGGAAGCUCAGCUUGCGGACCGGUGAGGGGACUGGGAGGAGAGGUAGCACUGCAGAAUUGCCCGAGGCCAGAGACCACCUCAAAAGUCAUGAGUUUAUUGGUGGUCCCAGGGGGCUCGGGUAUAAAGGACAAAGGUAGCCCAGGACUUCCUCAGAUAGGGCCACCCUUGACCUCUACACCAGAACUACAAACCGGAGGUGAGCCUGGGGAUCACGGUAGUAUGCAGUUGGACUGUAAGGAUCUGAAGGAGAGACUCUCUCCAGCGCCGCCCACAGGGCAAGGGGUGCCCACAGCUCAAGGGAAGCCCACGACCACUCAGUCAGUACCUGAAGCUCAAACAGUGCCUGAAAUGCUCAAAGUGCCCGUGGCUACAGCAGUGUCCAAAGCUGAAAACCCACACCCAACUCAAGGGCUGCCUGCAGCUCCCAAAGUGCCUACAGCCCAGAUGAUGCCGGCAGUGCACCCAGAGCCUGUGGCUCCCACAGUGCCUUCGGCUCCAACAAAGCCAGCAGCUCAAGUGGUGCCCACAGCUCAAAAAGCAGCUGUGGGUCAACUGGCAUCGGCAGGUCAAGUGGGGCCCACAAUUCCAAAAACUCCCACAGCUCAGAAGAUGCCUGGAGCGAAAACAUCACCUGCAAGUCCCCAAACACCCAAAGCUCAAACUGGACCUGCAGCUAAAACAGGGUCUACAGCUCCUAAAGCACCUGCAGCUCCCAAAGCAUCUGCAACCCCCAAAGUCUCCAGAGCUCCCCAAAGGCCUGCAGCUCAGAAGGGGUCCACAGAUGCAGGGCCAGCCUUGGAUGUAGCCAAACUUCUAAGUGAGGUCCAGCUCUCACCAAGGGGUAGUGUCUCCUUACCAAAGGGCCAGGGGGAGGCUGGAGGAAGGCAGGGUCCCCAGCCCAGCAGCACCUUGGCCCUCAACAGUAAACACAGGUCUCAGAUGGAAGGGCUCCUGGGGGCUCCCUGGGAGGGGGCCCCGAGGCAGUUGCCUCACCACCCACAGGCGAACAGCACAGUGACCAGCUUCCAGAGGUACCAUGAGGCCUUGAAUACGCCCUUUGAGCUGAACCUGUCAGAGGAACCUGGGAACCAGGGGUUGCGGCGAGUGGUCAUUGACGGCAGCAGCGUGGCCAUGGUACACGGCCUCCAGCACUUCUUCUCCUGCCGGGGCAUUGCCAUGGCAGUGCAGUUUUUCUGGAACCGGGGACACCGAGAGGUUACUGUGUUUGUACCCACCUGGCAGCUGAAGAAGAACCGGAGGGUGAGAGAGAGCCACUUUCUGACGAAGCUACACUCGCUCAAGAUGCUCUCGAUCACUCCCUCCCAGCUGGAGAACGGCAAGAAGAUCACCACCUAUGAUUACAGGUUCAUGGUAAAGCUGGCGGAGGAGACAGAUGGCGUCAUUGUGACCAAUGAGCAGAUUCACAUCCUGAUGAACAAUUCCAAGAAACUGCUGAUCAAAGAUCGCCUGCUGCCGUUCACCUUUGCGGGGAACCUCUUCAUGGUGCCAGAUGACCCCCUGGGCCGUAACGGCCCCACCUUAGAUGAGUUUCUGAAGAAGCCAAACAGGUUGGACACCGACAUCGCCAACUUCCUGAAGGUGUGGAAGACCCUUCCUCCCAGCUCAGCCAGCGCCUCCAAGCUGAGUGAUGAUGCUGACCUUGGGCACUUGGAGAGCCGGCCCAAGAUGGAAGACAUCAGGGAGAAGGAGGAGAGGCAGGACAAGGAGCAGAGAGAGGGGCAGGGGAUGCAGAAGCUGGCUGAGGAGGACGACCUUGACUCUUCCCUGGCAUCGGUGUUUGGAGUAGAGUGCCCUUCCCUUUUGGAGGAAAUCCUCCGAUGCCUCAGCCUCCACGACCCCCCCGAUGGAGCCCUAGACAUCGAUCUCCUGCCAGGGGUGGCUUCUCCUUGCCUGGGCAUCCCCUGGGAUGGGAAGGCUCCCUGCCAGCAGGUUCUUGCCCACCUGGCCCAGCUAACCGUCCCCAGCAACUUCACUGCACUCUCCUUCUUUGUGGGGUUCAUGGACUCCCACCAGGAGGUGAUCCCCGACUAUGAAGCCCUUGUGGGUCCCCUGCACAGACUCCUCAAGCAGAAGCCAGACUGGCAGUGGGGCUGGGAGCAUGAGAAGGCCUUCCUGGCCCUGAAGCGGGCUCUGGUGUCCGCGCUCUGCCUGACAGCCCCCGACCCACAGCUGCCCUUCCGCCUGGAGGUGAUGGUGAGCCAGGUGGCCCUGACGGCCGUCCUCCACCAGGAGCACUCCGGGCGGAGGCACCCCAUAGCCUAUACCUCAAAGCCCCUCCUCCCUGACGAGGAGAGCGAGGGCCCCCAGUCCGGGGGAGACAGCCCCUACGCCGUGGCCUGGGCCCUCAAGCACUUUUCCCGCUGUAUUGGAGACAUGCCAGUGGUCCUGGACCUUUCCUAUGCCUCCCGAACCACUGUGGACCCAGAGGCACGGGAGGGCCGCAGGGUUUCCAAAGCUUGGUUGAUCAGAUGGUCCCUCUUGGUACAGGACAAAGGCAAGAGGGCUCUGGAGUUGACCCUUCUCCAGGGGCUAAUGGGGGAAAACCGGCUGCUGACGCCUGCUUCCUCCAUGCCUCGUUUCUUCCAGGUUCUGCCCCCUUUCUCCGACCUGUCCACUUUCGUCUGUAUCCACAUGUCAGGCUAUUGCUUCUACCGUGAGGAUGAGUGGUGUGCCGGCUUUGGUCUCUAUGUCCUAUCUCCCACCAGCCCCCCUGUCUCCCUUUCCUUCUCCUGCUCCCCUUACACACCAACCUACGCCCACCUGGCAGCCGUGGCCUGUGGCCUGGAGCGCUUCGGCCAGGCCCAGCUCCCAGUGGUUUUCCUCACCCACUGCAACUGGAUCUUCAGCCUCCUCUGGGAGCUCCUGCCCCUCUGGAGGGCUCGGGGCUUCCUCUCCUCCGAUGGGGCCCCGCUGCCUCACCCAAGCCUGCUCUCCUACAUCAUAUCCCUCACCUCCGGCCUCUCAUCCCCCCCAUUUAUCUACCGGACCUCCUACCGGGGCUCUCUGUUUGCUGUGACAGUGGACACCCUGGCCAAGCAGGGUGCCCAGGGGCGUGGGCAGUGGUGGAGUUUGCCAAAGGAUGUGCCAGUCCCUGUAGUGACUCCCCAUACCAUGGGCAGGAGGCUCAACUUGCUGGCCUUGCAGCUGAGUGACAGCACCCUGGCUGAUAUCAUCGCCAAGCUGCAGGCUGGAAAGAAACUGCCCAGCUCCUCGCCCUUCAGUUCUGCCUUUAACUCACUCAGCCUCGACACGGAGAGUGGCCUGCUUAUGUUCAAGGGAGAUAAGACGCCCAGGGUCUGGGUGGUCCCGAGGCAGCUCCGGAGAGACCUGAUUUUCUCUGUCCAUGACAUCCCCUUAGGGGCCCACCAGAGGCCUGAGGAAACCUACAAGAGGUUGCGGUUGCUGGGGUGGUGGCCUGGGAUGCAGGAGCACGUGCAAUAUUACUGCAGGAGCUGCUUGUUCUGCAUCCCCCGAAACCUCAUAGGCAGCGAGUUGAAGGUUAUCGAGUCCCUGUGGCCCCUCAGGUCGACUGCCCCUUGGUCGAGCCUGCAGAUUGAGGUGGUGGGGCCGGUCACUGUAAGUGAGGAGGGCCACAAGCAUGUGCUUAUUGUGGCCGACCCCAACACCAGGUGGGUGGAGGCGUUCCCACUGAAGCCCUACACGCACAAGGCUGUGGCCCAGGUGCUGCUUCAGCAUGUGUUUGCAAGGUGGGGUGUUCCCAUGAGGCUGGAGGCAGCCCAGGGCCCCCAGUUUGCCAGGCACGUCCUGGUGAGCUGCGGGCUGGCCCUGGGAGCCCAGGUGACCUCUCUGAGUAGAAAUCUCCAGUUCCCCUGCCUGACAAGCUCAGACGCCUACUGGGAAUUCAAGAGGGCCCUCAAGGAGUUCAUCUUCCUGCAUGGCAAGAAGUGGGCCGCCUCCCUGCCCUUGCUGCACCUGGCCUUCAGGGCCUCCUUCACCGAGGCCACGCCGUUCCGGGUCCUAACUGGGGGCGAGGUGAGGCUGGCCGAGCCCCUGUGGUGGGAGAUGAGCAGUGCAAACAUUGAAGGGCUCAAGAUGGACAUCUUCCUGCUGCAGCUGGUUGGGGAGCUUCUGGAGCUCCACUGGAGGGUGGCCGACAAGGCGGACGAGAAGGCCGAGAACAGGCGUUUCAAGCGGGAGAGCCAGGAGAAGGAGUGGAACGUGGGUGACCAGGUCCUCUUGCUGUCUCUCCCCAGGAAUGGCAGCAGUGCGAAAUGGGUGGGUCCCUUCUAUAUCGGGGACCGGCUGAGCUUGUCUCUGUAUAGGGUGUGGGGUUUCCCGACUCCAGAGAAGCUGGGGUGCAUCUAUCCCAGCAGUCUGAUGAAGGCCUUUGCCAAGAGUGGCACACCCCUGUCCUUCAAGGUCUCAGAGCAGUGAACGGGAGCAAUGGGGGAGCGCCACUCCAGGGGUCCUGGGUUUCUGCUGCUAGGCCUCCCCUGCCCUGCAGUGCUGUCAGCCCUUGGGGGCCCUCAGUCGUGCCUUUUGUAGAGAAGCUGCUUCAUAAAGCUUUGCUGAAUUGCCUUGAACUAGGGACCAGUGUCCCUGUGGAAACAUCCCCAGUUUGGGGUAUUUGGAGAAUUUGCCAAAGGCUGUCAGAUAUGCCCUGGCAGUUCUACACUGGGGAAUAGGAAGUCCCCCUACUAAGGUAGGCCAGGCUCAGUGUCUUUUCCCAAGUAUCCUCUUGCCCUGCCACACACAGGCAGGUGUGCAAUGGUGUGCCACGCCCUCCCCUCUCCCGACUUAGUGUCUUAACCAUGAGACAGUGUGGCUCCGGACCUCAGAAUUAGAACCACAGUCCUCUCCCAAACAGAAACCUUGAAUGUGGGCUCCUUUCCCCAAACUGUUCGUCUGGGGGCCCUUUGCCCUUAGAGUUGUCACAGCCGACACAAGCUCAUGUGGGCCAGGGGGAGGCAGCUGUCUCCCCAGCGUCACGGUCAGCUUUCUUAAGCUGGCCAGGCGCAGCCUGCCCCGCUGUCAAGGAGGGGCUGGCCGUCCUCCUGGGCCUUGAGGGCAGUAGCUUGGAGUGGGAGGAUGGCCAGCCACGAGCCACCCACUCGUCAGCACAGGGGGCAGGGGGUGGGGCAAGGGGGAAACCAAUUGCCUACCUCAUUUGACUCCAGCCAGUGGAGACAACUCCUACCCCCUGUUUUGAUGGUGUUGACCUCACAGGAAUCAAGGAUCUUGAUGCCAAGUGUGGCAUCUCUACCUGAAGAGCUGCUUCUCCUAGACCAAGGGGGCCUGGCCUCUGUUUUAGGGGGGAGGGCGUCUGCAAUGAGAGCCUGGCACAGGGUGAGGUGCUGGCACGGCUCUGCCUCCUAACCCUCUUCCCAAAGCCCACAGCCCUCUGCCCCUUCCACCUCCACUGCACCCCAGACCCCGGGCCCUACAGAGUGUGUGACUGCUUUGUCUGGAUCACCCCCCAGUCCUUGGACCUGCCUUCUGUGACAGCAAAACCCAGGAUCCCUCACAGCCAUUCUCUGCCGUGAGAGUGAGUUUCUCGUAGGUGUGUGUGCUUAUACUCACCCCUCUGAAUUGCUGCCACCGCCGCUGUGGGACACACAGGCUCCAGGUAAGGGCCGGCCGUGUCACUGGCUAGGCUGCUGUGUAGUUUCAUUUCUCCAGAAGCUGGGCCAGUCUCCCGGCCUAGCUCGGGUUGCCAGAACACUUGGCCUUGCAGAGUGCUAGAGCCAAAGGAGAACUUGCCAUCAAGUCCAACUUGCUUGUUUUACAGCAGAGGAAAGAGGCCCCCAGAGGGAAAGUGACUUGCCCAAAAUUGCACAGCUAGUUGGUGGCUGAUCUGGGACCAGGAAUAAGCCCCGACUCCCAGUUUGCCAAGAAAAGCGUUCUGGCAACAGGCUCAAGCUAGAGAAUCCUUCGAAAUCCUAUACCCCUAUUCCCUCCAAUUCCCUAUUUCCCAAAUCUUAUAGACAACUGCCUGGAUGUUGCCCUUAAACCAUUUCCAGCUGUUAACCCUGUCUAGGAAAGAAUGAUUGGGUGAAGCUGAGAAGGUGAAAGGUGAGCUGUGGAGUUUGUAGCAGCUAUUCUUUCUUCCUCCUCCCCGGCCCUUCGCUUCCUCUUCCUGCCUCCCCGUAAUGGAUGUGUAACCUCACCCUCCUUCCCUGGUGCCAUACACGUCCCUCCUCUUCACUACAUUUAUGAUCUUAUACCCUCCUUUUAAGUGAAUUUUUUUCAUUUGAUUUGUCAAUAAACGAAUCAAACUG